AUGUCUUCAGCACCCGUACCAACACUGGCCUAUUGGGAGGGUAGGGCUCGGGCUCAACCCAUACGCAAUCUAUUGAUAUACUCGGGCGUGAAGUUUACUGAUAAACGUUACCAGUCGGCAGAGCGUAAGGCCUGGCAGUCGGAUAAGUCAACACUGGGUUUGGAUUUUCCAAACCUUCCCUAUUAUAUCGAUGGAGACCUAAAACUGAGUCAAUCGACGGCUAUAUUGAGAUAUUUGGGCCGAAAGUAUGGACUCGUGGCCACCGAUGACCGCCAGCGGGCCCUACAAGACAUGGCUGAGCAACAGAUCCUUGACAUGAGAGAGAUAUUUCUGAAACUGAUAGCACGCGCCGAAGACCCUGCGGUAAAACAUGAUGAUUAUAUCACAACUAUUUUAAAGCCACAGUUGGAUCUGUUGGUGAAGUUCUUGGCUGACAAACAAUGGCUAAUCGGCGGACAGUUGUCUUACGUAGACUUCAUUGUCUAUGAAGUGAUGGAUUGGUUGAGACGAUUCACACCCGAGACUAUCGGCAAAUACGCGACUAUUGGCCAGUAUUUGGAUCGUUUUGAAGCCCUGCCGGCCAUCAAAGUCUACCAAAGCUCCGGUGAAUACAAGCCGUGGCCGGCGUUUGCACCACAUUUUAAAUGGCGGGGCAUUUGA